AUGGAAACAAAAAGCACCUUGCCUUCUUCAAACAAUUUGGCUUGCCUUCCAAUACUGGAAGAUGGCAUGGUCUAUGUGGCAAUAAAAGGAUCCUUGCACGCAAAUGAUUGCUCUGUUUUUGGUUUGGGACAGGAAGAGAUAAGAGCUCUGACAAAAAAGUUUCCUGGUUCUGGAUCUGGAGUUGUGAAUGGAAUUACUAUCAAAAGUAAUGUGCUGAAUGCUAUAAACUCCCUCGCACAACUUGGCUACAAAGUGAUAUCCAGCACUGGAGAGACAGAGAUCACCUGGACCCUGCAGCGUGAAGUUUAA